AUGACCAAGGCCACUGGGGUAAGACAGUACCGGGCAUGCGUCAGAUGUCGCACGAGGAAAACGCGCUGCGAUCUUAUUGGAGAACAAGGAAAACCGCCAUGUGCGAAAUGCGUUCGCGAGGGAGCCGAGUGCUCCCUGGCUGGAUCUCGCCGUGGGGGAGACUACUCGCAAUAUCGUGGCACCAAGAGACAACGCCGGGACAGUGAUAUCCAUACUGCUCCGUCUGUUGCUACAGUUGCAAGUUUUAUUCCUGAACCUAUAACAGAGACUCCAAAGGCCAGAGAGCAACCAUUGCAUCGGUCACUUCAGAAUCCCUCGGAUGCCCUUCUCAUCCUUGCUCGAGCCGCAGAAGACGGGGACGAGGAAACACCUGGUGAAGGAGGCCCAGCUAAGUCGACACCUGGUAACGCAUCUUCGGUGUUAGACUCAAUCCUUUCACCUGCCCAACAAAGCCGAUGGGAUCAACUCUCUUCCUUCGAAUCGCCCAGAAAUCAACUCACGGCCAACCAAGAAAUUCAGGAAUAUCCUCCUGUGAAGGACGGCGCACUAGAUCUGGCGACGCUCCACUACCUUAUACGGCACUAUGCGGACAACUACCACCCAUUCUUCCCCAUCGUUCCCGCCAAUGUGUUGUUGCCACAGUACCUCCCCGAAACCAUCAAGCACGAGUCCUUUUUGCUUACGGCCGCACUCGUGGUCGCCUCCAGAGACCAAGCCAAUUUGGCUGAACUUCACCAGUCAAUAUGGCAGCAUAUGCGACACCUCAUUCUCGACGUGGUCCUAGGCAUGUCGACGAUACGGAGCGUCGGCUGUGUCGAAGGACUGCUGCUGCUAGGAGAAUGGACCCCACUCACACUAGGCCAAAAUGAUGACGGAGGUGAAGGGGCGGCUUGGUCAAUACUAGGGCUUGCUGUUAGACUUGCUUAUCUCCUUCAUCUUGAAGACAGCUCUUUCAGAGCCGACAAGGAGGCUGACCCUUCAAUGCUAAGAAGACGAUUGGCAUGGACAUUCACAUAUCUCUCUGACCGUCAGAUAUCCAUCAGAAUGGGCCAGGCAUUUUGGAGUCGAGGGCCGGCCUUGUCCGCAAGAUUUACGGCGGAAGACUUCCCGUCUCUCCAGCCACAACACACAUCUGGAGAAGACUUUGCAUCAUUAUUGCAGGCCCAGGUCGAAUUAACUACUUUAUUCGGCAACGCACACGACAUCUUAUUCGCAUCGAAACAACGCACCGCAGAACUCAUGGUUCGUGGCGAUUAUACCAAGUAUAUUGAUGAUGCUAGCCGUGCUGUUGUAGCAUGGGAUAUCGCCUGGAAUCGACUGACAUGUUCCAAACACUUGAAGUGUUGCCUGAGAAUGAUGGAGAAGUAUCUUCGUCUCUAUGUCAAUGCAUUCGCAUUUCAGGCUGUACUCUACAGGGCUUCUGUAUCUGGAACGCAAGAAGUCUCUAAAUCAACAUGUUUCCCACAUUCCACGAUGGCCAGCCCCGAUGCCCGGCAUGUUUACGAGGCCGUGGAUGCUGCCGAAGCGCUUCUUCGGAUCGCUAUCGAAGAUAUUGACCCGGAGAAACACUUACGAUAUAUGCCUGCCCGCUUCUAUCUAUACGAAAUUCAUUCAGCGGUAUUUCUGUAUAAAGCGCAUGCCGCUGGCGCCAUUUCGUCUGGCAAACACGCCCAGACAGCCACCUUGAUGCGACGGUUCAUAAGUGUUCUGGAAGCCGCAGCAACAGACAUAGACCAUAUUGCUGCCAAAUACUCCAAGCUUCUCAACGGUCUGUGGUUUCACCGCACAGAACCCGGGGCUAAUAAGAGGAAUUCUAAUGAUGGUACACAUCCCGAUGAGCUUCAAGAGGCGAACAACCUGCAUCCCUUCUCUGAUGGCGCCAAUGAGCCGGAUCCAAGCCACCUCCCUUCAUUCGACGAAAUUGGACUGCAGCCACUAGACUGGAUCGAGUCUGUUGAAGGGCUCUUUUCUAUGCCUGCAGCUUUUCCCUGGGACCAGCCCAUCUUCGGAUAA